CCCUCCCUCGAGGAAGUGACGGCGGGAGUGCCCUUGGCUGGCGGGGCGGGCCUUGCCGUGCAUCCCUCCGCUCGCGCUGCAGGGAGAUGGCUCAGCGAUUUCUCCUGAGGAGGUUCCUGGCCUCUGUCAUCUCCAGGAAACCACCCCAGGGUCGGUGGGCACCCCUCACCUCCAGGGCCCUGCAGUGCAGUCCUGGUGACACCCGGACAGGAACACCCAACCAGGCCCGGUCAAUAUACACCACCAGAGUCUGCACAACGACCUUUAAUAUCCAGGAUGGACCUGACUUUCAAGACCGAGUUGUCAACAGUGAAACACCAGUGGUUGUGGAUUUUCAUGCACAGUGGUGUGGCCCGUGCAAGAUCCUGGGGCCGAGGCUAGAGAAGGUGGUGGCCAAACAGCAUGGAAAAGUGGUGAUGGCCAAAGUGGAUAUUGACGACCACACAGACCUCGCCCUAGAAUAUGAGGUGUCCGCUGUGCCCACCGUGCUGGCCAUCAAGAACGGGGAUGUGGUGGACAAGUUCGUGGGCAUCAAGGACGAGGACCAGCUGGAGGCCUUCCUGAAGAAGCUGAUUGGCUGACAAGCAGGUCUGUAAUAAAGAACUUUAUGUGAUCCCUUCUACCUCCUGCCGUGAAGAACGGACCCUGGGCCCCACACGAAAUUACCCUGUAGCCUCCAACCCCCCCCCCCCCCCCAAAGAGCCACCUUCCUGCCUUCCCAGGCAUGAGGGCAGAGAACACGCACUGGGGGUGGGGGCGGGGGGGGAGGCAGUCAGGCCGCUGCCUCCGGGAAGCCUCACUGUGAACAGACGGGACCAAUAAAGCCAGGGUUUGCUCUGA